CUUAUGGUCUAUAAAUCAACCUAAUUUAGGCGUAUAUUUCUGGUCUAUUAAUCAACCUAUUUUAGCUCUAUAAAUAAACUCUGGCCACUCCAGCAGUAAUACGCUUUCAAGCACGGCUUCCAGUGGGGGCCACAGCGACAGCGAUAAAUGGUACGAAAUGGGGGCUGGCGGAGCCUCCAGCGGGGAGCAAGGCGAGCCAGAGCCCAACGGCCUCGGAGGCGGCGGCUACCUCCAGGGCGCCUCGGCCGACAGCGGCAUCGACACCGGCUCGUACGGCGCCUCGCACCACAAUCACCCGCACUCUCAUCACGGCAGCACCACGUCCCUGCUCGCUCCCAGCGGAGGUCGCGAGAGCCGGGAUCGCUCGCCGUGGCACAGCCCCACCGAGGGUGGACGCAGAAUGCUGGAGAGGUCGCCGGCAGCCGCCGAGUCGCCGGUUCCUCCGGUGGAAAGGAGCCUGGAUAGUACCGGACGAACGCCUCCGACUCAUCUCCUUGUUCGAGACAGCAGCACUUUCAGUUUGAGUGAAGGUGGAUCUCACUCAAGACAUGGCUCUCCCCGGGAAGAGACCUCCUCGACCACUCCGCCAUCAUCCCAGUCGUCGGCGUCUCCUGGACCAAAGAGCUUUUACCCUCGCCAGGGAGCUCAGUCCAAAUACCUGAUAGGCUGGAGGAAGCCUGGUUCCACCAUCAAUUCCGUUGACUUUGGAGACACACGCAAGAAAUCCCCAGGGGAGAGUGGGAUGGAGGGUAUUCCGACUCCCGCGGCCAGACCUUCUCUGAGGGACAUGCACUCUCCACAGCCCCAUGCCAAGUCUACGAUUGAAGAAGAUGGAAAGAGGCACCCUGCAAAAGAUAGCCCGCUCCCGCCCCGCAGACAUAAGGAAAAGCAUGCCCAGAAAUCGCCACCGAGCCAAGCCCCGAGCCGCCGCCGCUCGCUCCAUCGCACUCUUUCCGACGAGAGCAUCUACUAUCUAUAUAUCAACCUAUUUUAG